AUGCACGCUGCUUCUUUCCCGGCAAUCCGAAACACCAACAACUAUCCUGCCCAAGCUUCAACUGAACUGGAACGACAGAUAAUCAACUCGCCAAACGCGACUGCGAUGACAGAGUUUUCUGUCCAAGUUCUUUGGCGGAGUCUUGAUCUUGCGUUGAGAGCAACUGUGCGACGACAAGCUGUAAUGAGGUUCUGUCAGUCCAACGAAGAGCUACCUUUGAGGGAUGAACAGGAUGGGGGAAAUGAUGCAAAAUUGCAGAUGUUCUUGUGUACCUUGGGACUGAAAUGGAGAUGCGUGUGCACCCCUGGAGCUACUAAGGAGAACUGCAUUUGGCAACAUCACCGUGCUCGUCAGACAGAACGUAUAGAUCGAAGUCCGUUGUCACGGUGCUGCAUGCAAGUAGCCAUUUUACAGAAGUAUCGUACAAUGCUUAUGUUCGGUAAGCCAAGUCCCUACCCAUACGCUGCGGGAAGGCUUUUUUCGGGUUACUACCCCAUGACUACAUCCUCCCAUCCCCCUUCCGGCUUCCAAAUUUCCAAACCCCGCCCCCGCCUCCGCCCCCGCCUCCGCCCCCUUUCCCUCCUUCUAGUUUGUCACUCACCUGUACCCAUAAUCGCCAUGAGACUCUCGUUAGACAACAUCCUCAUCGCCAUCCUCUCAUAUAACUACACAGCACUAGCAAUGCCACUUAAAAGCCAUACUCCAAAUGCGGACAAUAUUUCUGUCCUGGCAUCGGGGGAACAGAGUGUUCAGCAACGUGGAGCCUCGGAUACGCGCUCUGCAAUCUCAAAUAUCCGAACGUGGGUUCUGGGCGGAGUUUUUGCAGGCGAUGCGUUGAGACGAAUUGCGAGAUGGAGGGAUGUGAUAAAAUAUGAGGGAUGA